UGGGAUGGGCCUACGGAGGAACCAGACGUGAAGUUUGCCGCGAAAUUUUCAGCGAGGAAGUCGGGGGAAACUUAUUGUCUGAGUGUAUUUGGCAAGUUUGUGUAUGUUUAUAUUAAAUGUAUAUGUUUUUAAACGAAGGAUAGUUAUUACGUGUCUUAAUAACAUAAAGUUCGUAAUCUAGAGGACGACUUCUUCAAAUAACAGUCCUGCGAAGCUUUUUUGCAUCUGUUGUGACUACAGACAGGCUUGCGCUUUGGUAAUCAACACAACGGUAACGCAAAAAUUAAUUGAUUGUUUAGCUAUCUGAGUAAAUAGGUGAAAGUGGUGCAGGAUGUCUGGUUUUGAUGACCCAGGAGUAUUUUAUAGUGACAGCUUCGGCGGUCCGGAAGGACCGGCAGACGAUGGAGUAAAGAGAAGCCAAAUUAAAAAAAGAUUCAAGGAGUUUCUAAGACAGUUUCGAGUCGGGACUGAUCGAACGGGGUUCACCUAUAAAUAUCGAGAUGAACUCAAACGACAUUACACAUUGGGAGAAUAUUGGGUGGAAGUGGAAAUGGAGGACUUGGCCAGCUUCGACGAGGAGCUGUCUGAUUGUCUCUACAAGCUCCCCUCAGAAAACCUCCCCCUGCUUGAGGAGGCUGCGCAGGACGUGGCGGACGAGGUCACCAGGCCACGGCCCAUCGGAGAAGAGCAGGUCCAAGACAUCCAGGUCAUGCUGAAGAGCGAUGCCCACGCAGCCUCCAUCCGAAACCUCAAGUCGGAUCAGGUGUCCAGGCUGGUCAAGGUCCCAGGGAUCGUAAUCUCCACCACAGCUGUGCGAGCAAAAGCUACCAAGGUGUGCCUGCAGUGCCGGGGGUGUCGCUCGGUCAUCAGCAACGUCCCUCUGCCCCCAGGGCUCCAGGGCUAUGCCCUGCCUCGCAAGUGCAACGCUGAGCAGGCCGGCAGAGUGAAGUGCCCCGUGGACCCCUACUUCAUCAUCCCGGACCGCUGCGCGUGCAUCGACUUCCAGAUGCUGCGGCUGCAGGAGUCGCCCGACGCCGUGCCUCACGGGGAAAUGCCCCGACACCUGCAGCUCUACUGCGACAGGUACCUGUGUGACCGUGUGGUGCCUGGAAACAGGGUGACCGUUAUGGGCAUCUACUCCAUCAAAAAAGGGGCUCCGGCCAAGUCCCAGCGCCGCGGCCGGGACAGAGCUGCCGGCGUCGGCAUCCGCUCGUCUUACCUGCGUGUUGUGGGCAUCCAGGUGGACACCGAGGGAGCAGGCCGGGGUGGCUCGGGGUCCGUGACCCCGGAGGAGGAGGAGCAGCUGCGGACGUUGGCCGCCUCGCCCUCGGUGUACCAGUCGCUGGCUCGCUCUCUGGCUCCGUCCAUUUACGGCAGCGACGACCUGAAGAAGGCCAUCGCAUGCCUGCUCUUCGGUGGCUCCAGGAAGAGGCUGCCAGAUGGCCUGACCCGGAGGGGAGACAUCAACCUGUUGAUGCUUGGGGACCCGGGUACAGCCAAGUCCCAGCUGCUGAAGUUUGUGGAGAGGUGCUCCCCCAUUGGGGUCUACACUUCCGGCAAGGGUAGCAGUGCUGCGGGGCUCACCGCCUCCGUGCUGAGAGACCCCAGCACCCGUGGCUUCAUCAUGGAGGGCGGGGCCAUGGUGCUGGCCGACGGGGGCGUGGUCUGCAUCGACGAGUUUGACAAGAUGAGGGAGGAUGAUAGAGUUGCAAUCCAUGAAGCCAUGGAGCAACAGACCAUCUCCAUUGCCAAGGCUGGCAUCACCACCACUCUGAACUCCCGCUGCUCAGUCCUGGCUGCUGCCAACUCGGUCUUUGGCCGCUGGGACGACACCAAGGGGGAGGACAACAUCGACUUCAUGCCCACCAUCUUGUCCCGUUUCGACAUGAUCUUCAUUGUCAAGGACCAGCACGACCAGCAGAGGGACAUGAACCUGGCCCGUCAUGUGAUGAAUGUUCACUUGAGCGCUCAGACCCAGACGGAGGGCAUGGAGGGGGAGAUCUCACUGGCCACGCUGAAGAAGUACAUCGCAUAUGCCAGAGCGAAAUGCGGCCCCCGCCUGUCUGCGGCGGCCGCUGAGAAGCUGAAGAACAGGUACGUGGUGAUGAGGAGCGGUGCGAGGGAGCACGAGCGAGAGAGCGACAAACGGGCGUCCAUUCCCAUCACCGUCAGGCAGCUGGAGGCUGUCGUAAGGAUCGCAGAGUCGCUGGCGAAGAUGAAGCUGCAGGCUGUAGCUGGGGAAGGAGAGGUGGACGAGGCACUGCGUCUGUUCCAGGUGUCAACACUGGACGCUGCUCUGUCAGGCAGCCUCUCAGGUGUUGAGGGCUUCACGACACAGGAGGACCAGGAGAUGAUCUCGCGCAUCGAGAAGCAGUUGAAGCGCCGCUUCGCCAUUGGCUCGCAGGUGUCCGAGCACAGUAUCAUCCAGGAUUUCACCAAGCAGAAGUACCCGGAGCAGGCUAUCUACAAGGUCCUGCAGCUGAUGAUGAGGAGGGGUGAGCUUCAGCAUCGCCUGCAGAGGAAGGUGCUAUACAGAGUCAAGUAGUGGGAGAGUCUCGCUGUCGCUGGAGGCUGCACGGAGAGGGGGCGGGGCCAUGAAGCCCUUAUGGCUCCUCUUUAGGUGUCUUUCAAAACACCUGAACAGUUUGCAGGAAAAUCUCCUUAUGUUGUCACCACAGAUGAGCUGGUGGGCAUUGCCAGUUCGUACCCUUAGGCUGUAUAGUCUUUUUUUCCCCUCCUUUUUUUGUUCUCUUAACUGCUCCCACCCCCCCC